AUGGCGGAGGCACCGCCUUCUUCCUCCCAGGACACCUUCUACGAAGAGCACCAGAUAUCGCUGGGAAAGGAGAAUGUCUCUUCGCCAUCGCGGCCCCAGAGCUCGUCUGGCACCCUUCUCAGCACCAGGAAGGAGCGCCGCAACCCGACAGUAACGCCGAAGCGAUUUAACAAGUUCUUCGCGCCUCGAAGUUCGCAAUCUACUCGAGGCGGUCGCCAGAGCAAGGCGAGACGCCAGUUGCAGGACAUCACCCGCAACGCAGUCAACCAACGCCGUAGUGGUCUUGCAGCUCGCGACGAGUUCGCUGCAGAUGCGGAUAUCAAUAUCAAUUCAUCAAGGCCCACGAAGCGGCGAAAAUUCUCGACGGACCUUCAAAGCUCGCCACCCCAAUUGCAAUCCUCGCCUUUGAAACAUGUCCAGACCGUCGAAUCGAUUCCAAUCCUGGAGGAUGAGCAGCUAUCGGAGGCAGAGACCUUACCUGGAAUUUUUGACCAGCUCAGACCUUCUCCAAAGCCAAUCCGACGCCUCCGAACGCCAGGUCCCUCGAGACGCAUGCUGGAAAGUAGCUUCGGUGGCUACGAUGCGCUUUUACGAGGACGACGGGGUCCAGACCACGCUGCAGAUUCACGAGCUGAGACGGCCAAAUUUGUUACGACUCCUAUGGACACACAUGCUUUUCGAGGCACCGCACUGCCCUUCUGCACGGCCACAUGCAAUACCAACCCUCUCAUUGCAAUUGGAGAUGAAGAAGGCAGUGUGCGACUCAUUGACUCCUCAGUCUCCUCGCAGUUCAGCAAGACACACGUCAGGUUCCGAGUACAUCGAAAUGCUGUUAUGGACCUUGGAUUCAGCUCGGACGACUACGUGCUCGCAACUGCGAGUGGCGACCAGACUGCACGCGUGGUUGAUAUGCAGACUCAACAGACGAUGUGUGUAUUGACCGGCCACAAAAGCAGCGUCAAACAGGUUCGUUUCAAACCAAGCGACGACAACAUGGUAACCACUAGCGCGAGAGAUGGAACUGUACAGAUCUGGGACCUACGCUGCGGCGGUAAAUCAGCGGUGCAGAACUUUCGUGCCUCCGCAUGCCAACGUGUAGACGCGGAUGGUAUGGCGGAACCUCAAGUACGAUACAGCCAGCAAGAGCUGGAAGUUGGGUACGGUCAUAGGUCGCAGCAGCGGCCCUUCGAAUCUGGCCUUCGCCAUGAGCUCUCGAUCACGUCCUUUCAGUACAUGCCCGACGGCCGGGAACACCUCAUUGUCACCGCUAGCGAAGUGGAUGCUUCGGUCAAGCUAUGGGAUCUCCGCAAUGCCGGUCGUCGCAAUCCUGUGCCGUUGUCGAGCACUUCUUUGCCAGGGUCGCAUCACGGCUCGCGACAUUACGGUAUAAAUGCGAUGGCCAUGUCUGGCGAUGGAGCCCGACUGUACACUAUUUGCAGGGAUUCAACUGUUUACGUGUAUUCAACAAACCAGUUGGCUCUCGGUUACGUGCCAGAGAUGUCGGCGGCUCCCAGCAGACGCCGGACGCUCAAAGAGCCAAAGGACGGCCUCGCACCGCUGUACGGCUUCAGAAACACGUCCCUUCGCCUCGGCACUUUCUACGUCAAGGCAUCACUGCGACCCGCGAAAGAUGACCGUGGAGAGAUACUGGCGGUCGGCAGCACAGAUCGUUGUCCUGUCCUCUUUCCGACAGACGAGCGAUAUUUACCGCAGCUUAGGGGUGAAAAGACGUCGUGGGACCAGGAGGAUGAAGACGAAGACAUCGGGUUGCCUACUCUGCCACCCAUUUCCUCGCAGCAACUCGCAACGUUCAAUACGGAUACCUUCGAUCAUGGAACCGCGCUGGUGAGGGCACAUAAUAAGGAAGUCACCUCGCUUGCCUGGACGACGGAAGGUAAUCUCAUUUCUGUCAGCGAUGACUUCACUGCGCGUUGCUGGCGUGAAGACGCACAAAAAGCCCGCGAACUGCGUCAGGGAGGCGAAGCUGGAGGUGGACGCUGGCGCAGCGGAUGGGCCGAAGUGGGCGCGGAUUGGGAUGAAGAUGACUGUUAA